AUGGCGGGAGGAACGAGUAUCUGGGUCAGUAACGAGGCCAAAACUGACCCUAAAGCUAUUUUCAACCUUCGUCUUCUUUAUCUUCUCAUUGCCGUUUCAUGGGGUGGUGCCUUCUAUGGAUUCGACACGGGAAACAUCGGGGGAAUUCUCACCCUACCUUCUUUUGAGAAUGCCUUUGGACUAAAUAACCUGACUGAAACCGAAAUAGAUAACCGAAAGGGGACCAUCGCGUCGAUGCUCGCAGCUGGCGGAUCUGUAGGCGCUCUACUCGCAGCCCCGACAUCCGACUACAUUGGCAGGAAAUGGUCCGUCUUCGGCUGGGGAUUGAUCUUUGUGGUGGGUGCCGCAAUGCAAAUGGUGGCAGACUACAAAGUUCUGCUGGGAGGCCGUUUCAUCGCUGGCAUGGGUGUCGGCGCUUCAUCAAUGCUCACGCCUCAAUUCUUAGCGGAAAAUUCCCCGAAAUCAGUUCGUGGAUCGAUGACUGCAACUUACAACUUGAUGAUUGUGUUUUGUCUCAUGUUGGCCUUCUUCAUCAACUAUGGCGUCUCGAAGUGGUCAUUUCCCGGCGUGGAGUACGAUAAUAGCCAAUGGCGGACGGCAAUGGGUAUCCAGCUCAUUCCCGGUGCACUGAUGUGUAUAAUGGUCCCAUUUGUACCGGAGACUCCACGUUGGUUGAUUAAUCAUGGAAAACAGGAGAAAGGUUUAGCAAAUAUUUGCAAAUUGAGAAAACUACCAGCGGACCACGAGUAUGUGCAAACUGAAUAUCGCGAGAUUGAAGCCCAGGUGAGGCAUGAGCAAGAAUGCUUUGCCGGACACAAUUAUUGGGUUGUCCUGAAGGAUAUUUUCACUUCAAGAAAUAACUUCCAGCGUUUCUUUCUGGCUGCGAUGCUAUUUCUGUUCCACAAGUUCACGGGUACAGAUUCUCUAAACUACUAUGCGCCGGAAAUCUUUGCCAUGAUUGGUGUCAGUGGAAACUCAACCACUCUAUUAGACACCGGUAUCUAUGGUGUCGUGAAGACGGUCACAUCCCUUUUCUACUUGGUAUACCUGGUUGACCGCGUCGGACGUCGAGUUCCCCUGCUGGUCGGUGCAACAAUGCAAGGUACUUCCAUGCUAUAUCUGGCGCUCUACCUUCGCUUCGCUGGAGUGACCGAGGACUCUUCUGCGGGAGGAACCCCCGCGGGAGGCAUUGUGGGACUUGUUUUCAUCUACAUCUAUGCCUUUGGGUGGUCAUUCGGACACUCUGUGGCCUGUUAUGUGGUCGCUGCCGAGGUUUUCCCUACAAGAAUUCGGUCAUUUUGUAUGGCUAUCUGCUUCUUUAUCAACUGGAUUGUGGACUUUGGCAUUACCCACGCCACCCCCAACAUGAUCACUGAAAUGGGAUGGGGAGUCUUCCUACUUUACUCGAUGCUGACCUAUUUGGGUGUCAUUUUUAUCUUUUUCUGUCUGCCAGAGAUGAAAGGUCGGUCCAUUGAAAGUAUGGAUAACCUGUUUGACAGACCUUUGUGGAUGAUGUGGCGCCAUGCCUACCCCACCGAGGAAGAAAAGGUCCGGUCGGAUGUCCGAGAUGAGGCUGUGAUGGGAAAGCUACAGGAUGAGGAUGACCCUAAAAGGAAUCAUGUGGAACAUGUUGAGACUGCUUGA